UGCCUCACCCUUGUCCUUCCUCCGCCUCGGAACUCGAGCGCGGAGGUGUCGGUGCCCGGCCGGGGAGCUGCGCCACGAAAUGGCGGCCGCGGCGGGGCGCGGCGGCCUGGCGCUAGGAGCUGUGUGGAAGGUGCUGGGGAAGAGGACCGAGGGGGUAACGCCCACAGUCUGGGCCCGUCAGAUGUUCACCAGGUCGAGAAUUCCCAAGGCGGUAUUUCAACCACAGCCUGGAGAUCAUGAAAAAUAUGGAGGUGACCCUGAGCAGCCCCACAAAAUCCAUGUUGUUACUAGAAUAAAAAGUGUAAUUGGUCGCCCAUAUUGGGAAAAGAUGAUAAUACAUAAUCUUGGACUGGAUAAGGCACAUCAACCAAGACUGCACAAAAAUAUCCCUUCUGUGAAUUCCAAACUGAAAGUUGUUAAACAUCUGAUAAGGAUACAGCCACUGAAACUACCUUAUGGGUUGCCAACAGAAGAGGAAAUGUCAGACACCUUUCUUACGAGCAAGGGAGAGCUUAUCAUUAGAAGUCGUCUGAAACCUGUGGAGCAGAAAGAAAUUAAGUCAUAAGGUGUGCUGUUUGGAUUUAUGUUCUCUAAAAUAAAUAAACUAACUCCUGUGUUAA